AGUGUGUUAUGUGUGAGACUGGGACAGAUUCCAAAAUCCGAGAGAAGGGCAUUCCGUGAGAGCUCAGUGCCUCCCCCCCCCCCGCUGCCUAUAAAGGAGCUCCGGCUGCUGCGGCUGCUGCUUGGGACUUGGUAGCGCUCAGCGCUUUUACGCUCCAGAAGCGCCAGGGGAGCAGCGACUUGGAACUCCAGGGACUUUUCUGCAGGGCUGGCACCAUUAUAAGUGGAGAAGAUUCUGUUGAAAUCCAAAGAAGCGAUGGAUUCCUUUAUUAUCGAGGACGACUAUAAUGAAACCGCCAACCUAUCUUUUUUUGAUUACCCCGAUAACUUCACUGAGGUUGACGCUGGUCUCAUUGAUACUGAAAAUUCCAAAUUAUUCAUCCUUUUCCUGGUGGUCUCUGCCCUGGGACUCAUUGCAAACGCUCUGAUUCUCUAUGUGGUUCUUCGCUAUAGACAGAUGAGGACCACGCCCAACAUCUAUGUGUUCAGUCUGGCUUUAGGGGACCUGCUCUAUAUGCUCUGCUUGCUAUUGUUUGCGUUGGAAAUUGCUUACACUCGCUGGCCAAUGGGGGAACACCUGUGCAAGGUAUUCUGGGUAGUGUCCACCAUGGUGGCUUUCUCCAGCAUCUACUUCUUGACCAUCAUGUCUGUCGGCAUCUGCGUCCAAGUGCAUUUCCCCAUCUUCUACAGCAAGAGGUUGGGGCCUAAGGUGGCCAUAGGGAUCAGUAUCUGCGUUUGGCUCUUUUGUUUACUGCUUGGAAUUCCUAUAUAUAUCUUUUCUGGUUUAAAUGACACUGACAGCUGCAAAAUUAAUUGGCCUAACCCCUUUUGGUCUGUUACCUUCACGGCAUACCAGAUAGUCCUUGCCUUUGGGGUACCACUGAUAAUAAUUGGUAUCUGCCUGAUCCUAACUGCUUGUACCACGAAGUGCUACGCCCAUGAAGGUGUAGACAAGACCAAUAUCAUUUUCCUCGCUCUUCUCACUCUUGUCUUCGUCAUCAUCUGGCUCCCGAUAUACGUCCUAGAGAUGAUGGCCGUGACAACCAACCUGGUGGUAUUCAGCGAGGAGGUCUACUACAUCAUUAGCCUCCUGCCUUAUUGCAAGUGCUGCAUCUACCCAAUCAUGUACGGAACUUUGUCCUCAAGCUUCAGAGAGAUCUUCAGGAGCAUUUUCUGCUGCAGAUAAUUCAAAAACAAUUAAAAAACAAAACUCUCAGGAGAAGUCUGUGGAUAUGCAAUGAUGGGACUAUUCUGCCAGCAGGCCACUUGUCUUUAUGAACGAAGACUGAGAUUUAGAGACUCCUUCUCAAAUCACAUUAAAGCCAAUUAGAAUGAACUGUUUAUGAUCAACGCAAUGUGAUCUGAAUGCCAUAGGCAAAGCUUGCCAUAGGAUAUUAAAUAUUUUUGUAACUCUCAGACAUGUAGAUAUAAUAUAUAUUUAACCCACAUAAUCAAUGAAAGCUAGAGCCCUAGUAUUUGUAGGCCCUACAUGAGAUCUGUGGCAUAGUGGGAGAUUUUGGGCAUGCUACAUGUUAUAGUAGUCUAAACACAUGGAGGAAAAAAGAACGAGUGGUUAUCCAUUAGCCCAGGCUUGCCUCAUUGCCAUAGGAUAUCCUGGUGGGCCCAGAUCUUAGUGGGCCCUUAACCAAGGAAAACUCCUAGCAACCAUUUCUUAUUCUCGUCAUAAGCCUUUAUAAAACCUAAAUCAGUUUACACUAUCUAUGCUUUUUGUGACAGUGAGUACUGAAUGUCAGGAUUCCCUGGUGGGACCGUAGAAUCUCAUACUGUAUCAGCCCCCAGGACAUUGGUCCUACAACUGUGGGGCUGGUUCCCCUGUUGGGGCCUUUAGCAGUGACAAUGGGCACUCAACCUGAAGGCCAAUUAGGGCAAUAACUGGAGAGGAUAGCCCUUUGCUCCCCUAGAUACACCUGGAAACCCAGGUUAAAUGGUGAGAUUUUCAUGUGAGUUAACUGUAGUUUUCCUACCUGGACACUUAUCAUGCAGUAAUGUAUAGAGCUGGUGUACUGAUCGGCCCAAUGUAGAUGAAAUUAAGGCCAUCUUCUCUCCUUUCCACUCUUGACUUACUAAAGGUGCCACUCUGCAACUGAAAAGCCUGGUUAGCAUAGGGUUAGAAUUCUUUCAUUCAAAAGAAAAUGGUCUCCUCCAAGGGCUUGAGUUUACCUUUAGCUAUUCUGUAUAUGCCAUUUGUCUUGCAGAUAACUAUUCCUUUCUGAUAUCUGUGUUCUAUCUAUCUAUCUAUCUAUCUAUCAUCUAUCUAUCUAUCUAUCUAUCAUCUUUCUAUCUAUCUAUCUAUCUAU